GGGGAAUACGGAUAUUUAGCCUAACUCUUUUGGGAUGAAACAUACCGGCAUGCAAAUGCAAGGCAAAACCGGUUUGAAUAUUAAAAAGUUAGGGGUGACUUGUGUGUUAGGAAUGACUUGUCGUUCAUUAAAACAACGAAUUUCACUAAAGUAAUUAAAGAACUGGUAACAAUGGAGCAAUGCAUGAACUAGUGUCGAAUAUUGGCGAUAGUAUAAAUCAAACAAGAACUACUUUUUCAAUGGCGCGCGUCGAAUGUCCCAGUCUAAACGCAUUUUUAAGAAAAUUAAUGUGAAACCACAAACGUUUUCUUGAAUUUUCUAAAACCUGAAUUCUUUUACUAACGUCUGAAACGUUUAAAACCAAAAUCAAAUCAAAAUGGAUCCUUCAAAUAAUCACAGUUGCAUUUAUACCAAAGAUAUAACAAAGAAUAUCACCUUGUAUACAAAUGGUCCAUUUAAAGGCGAAAUUGAUGCCAACACUUUGGAAUUUCGAGAGCCGCGCUGCAAACCUUUGGUCCUAUUGAUGGCCUGGUUGACGGCCAAGCCAAAGCAUAAGAAAAAAUAUGCCCAAGUAUAUAUAAAUUUGGGUUUUGAUGUUGUUGUAGUACAGAUUACCCUUUGGCAAGGACUAUGGCCCACCAUAGGCUCCCAUGUCAUAGCUGGCGAAACCAUAAACUUUUUGGAACAUAACAAAUCCUAUACCCCUAUUGUGGUACAUGGCUUCUCCGCGGGGGCCUAUCAAAUGGGUGAAAUAAUGGUACAAAUGUCCAAGGACUUGACACGUUAUGCACAUAUCAUUGAGCGCAUAUACUGUCAAAUAUGGGAUAGUGCUGCUGAUGUUACAGAAAUACCAGAGGGUUUGGCAAAAACGAUAUUUCCGAAAAAUCCAAGCAUGCAAAAUUUCUUGAGAAAGCACACCAGCUCUUAUUUAAGAACAUUCUACAAUGAGGCAACUAUCCAUUAUGAGCGCUCCAGUGAAAUGUUUCACAACACUCUAUUAAAGAAACCCGCACUUGUCUUUGUUUCUGAAAACGACCUCAUUGGUCCACCCUCUUCAAGUCUGGCGGUGCGUAAGAAAUGGGAACGAGCCAAUAUUAAAGUUACCAUAAAAAUUUGGAAAAAUUCUUUACAUGCUGGCCAUAUACUUAAACAUCGGGAGGAAUAUUUGCAUAUGCUUUUUCAACAUUUAAAAGAUUCUGGAGUUUUAGAUAUUUCGGCGGAUGGAGUUCAUUCAAAAUUGUGAUAGCCUAGAGGAUAUCAGUGUACAAAACAUUAUUUAUUUUCAUUUAGUUAUACAUAUACAAUAAUUUAAGUUACAUAUAUAAUUUAUUAUUAGA